GUCGUGUGCACUGCUGACUGUGUGUGUAGUAUACGAAAUUCGUGUGCAGAUUAGACACUCACUUCAUCCACGACAACUAAACUACACAGUGCAAAGUUUUCCGAUGAAAAUGCACAGAAUGCGGAUGACGGGUGAAAACCAAUUGCUAUAAACUGUACCACCGAAUUGAUGUCACUUAUCUUUCAGAGAGAAAUCAGUUUUUGUUUAAUUGCAAGUAGUCAAAAAAAGAACACAUCGAUUUCAACGAGUUGUCACAAUGGAGUUUAGAAAAACUAUUUCAUCUUGUGAGGCAAUGUAGCGUUUGGAAAGUAUCGCUGUUAUGAAGACAACAGAAUUUAUCCCACCAUCAAAAAUGACGAUGGACCCGUCCCACAGUAGCAAUAUGAAGCUACUGCUUCUGCAGCUGACUUGUAUGAUAGCCGUGUUCCUGAUCACCCUAGCCGGGGCACUCCUUCCCCUUAAAGUGAUCAAGACAAAUAAGUCGAUUCCCCUCAGUCGUCGUUUACGCUCGGAGAAGAUAUUGAGUUUCAGUAACUGCUUGGCAGGAGGUGUGUUUCUUGCGACUUGCUUCCUUGGGCUUCUCCCGUCCGCCAGGGAGAAGUUCCAGGAGGUUUUCGAGGCAAGGAACAUUACGGUGAAGUAUCCAAUUUGUGAGGCCGUCGUGAUCAUGGGAUUUUUUCUUAUUUUGACAUUUGAGCAGCUGGCAUUGUCCAUGCAGCAGUACUGGCAGGGCGCGAGAAAGGACAAACCCAUUCCCAUGAUUAAUAUUGAAGCGAGUCUAGAAUCUACCAAAGAAGAUGGGAAGGUCAAGAUCGACACUGAUCACGAGGAUGAGGAGGAGGAUUUGGAUUUGUUCAACCGAGACUCAGACAAACAACCCAUGUUAAGCUCGUCCAAUCAUCACUCAAGUAAUGGAGGUCGUUUCAGGGUCAAAGGUCAUCACCCCGAUGAAGCUGGCGAUGCUGAAAAUGGACACCAUUCCCACGAAGAUGGACACAGUCACCUAGGCAACAUAAAUAACACCGGGUUGCUACGGUCCCUCAUCCUUCUCUUCGCUCUUUCAACACAUUCCGUCUUUGAGGGUAUGGCUCUUGGUCUACAGGAGGACAUCAAGAGUAUAGUGUACCUCCUCGUCGCAAUGCUCGCCCACGAGAGCCUCGCUGCCUUCGCCCUCGGUGCGAGCCUCAUCAAGAACUCCGUCAACACCUACAUGUUCAUCGUUUACGGCGUGGUUUUCGCGGGGAUGAUACCGUGCGGGAUCGCGCUCGGGCUCUGGAUCCGCGCCUCACCCGGAUUCGGGGCAAUUGUCUGCUCGGCCGUCAUGCAAGCCCUGGCGGCUGGAAUCUUCAUUUUCGUCACAUUUUUCGAGAUAUUGAAUCAUGAGUUUGAGGUGCACAUGGAUAGACCUCAGAAGAUUGCCUUUGCCGUUUUGGGUUAUGUGAUUCUAGCUGCUUUGGAAGCUGUUGGAUGAUGAUGUGGGGGGCAGGAGCUCUGCUGAUCAGGGCCCAAAUUCUUGGCUCUCCUUACUUUUGAUUUGAUUUAGAUUUGAUUACAGUAAGCAAACAGUUGGCAUUUGCGGACGCAGGGAAUUAUGCGCUUGGUCAAGCAUAUUUCAUGGGUUAGUGGGGAAUCUUGGCUUGUGCGUGUGCAUACUCCAUGUUACUAGGCAUUCUACGCUUACACAGCUACCGCUGAAAUUUUAUGCUUGCCGUGCAAGCGGAGAAUGGUGAUCGUAAGCGCAGGAUUCGGCGGUAAGCAGAGCCAUGAAAUUGGGCCCAGGUUUUUGCACUCUCCAACGCUGUUAAAGGCUAACUAACCAAUGAGUUUUUAUUGCCAUUAAUUUUUAAAAGUGCUUACCAAAUGAUAACCUUCUGUUUAAAGAAGAAAUAUCAAAGUUUGUCUUUAAUAAUAGUUGAAGUUACUCUUCGACACUUCCCCCUCUCAAAUUAUUUGUAUGAAUGUCGGAUUGCCCAGUAACACAGCAUAAAAUUUCAUAAAAUUUAUGUAUAAAUUGUCUGUAAAUCUUUUGAACCAAAAUAAGUGUUAAUAAAGUAAACGAAACAAAAGGUGACGAUUAAAACUGAAAAUAUUGGUUUCUUGAGGGUUAAAGACAACUCUGGUAGUUUUACCAAAAUAUUUGAAGGUGCAAUAAAGCAAUGGACAAAAUUAUGCUGAGAUUUUUAUUAACGAAAAAAAUUCUUAUUUGUAAAUUUCAGAUGUUUUUUUUAAUGACAGAACAAAUAAUAUUCUUUCUUUUACAUUAUUUAAUUUAUACCGUGUGCCUUAUAAUUUUGUACUGUUUAAUACUAUGAAUUUUCCAGCUUAUUUCAGCCGAUUUCUUAUACAAAAAGUUCUUUUGCAUCUUAAAAUAUGAAUUUGUAUACCUGGAAUUUGUCAUUGCAUUUUUAUACUUUAAUGGUUUUAAAAGGAAGUUAAAAUGUUCUCAAAUUUUCUGAUAACACAAAAUAAACCUCAAAGCGUUAAAAUUUUAUUUACUUCAUUCUGAAUUAAAAUAUUUUUAUUCAGUUAAAACGAAGGUAGAAACAGAGGUAAAGAGAGCAGAGCAUUCAGGCCUGAUGCUUUUACUAAGGCAAAAGGGGCAAUUGCCACCAUGCCUCUAGCCUUGUUGCCCCUUGAAAUGUUCCAAUAGAAAUUUACAAUUUCCUCCUACGGGUGCCCUUUACAAAGGAGAAGCACCUUUGUGCCCUUGAUCUUUCUUUCAAGAACAAAAAGUCUGAUGCUUCACCGAGGCAACAGAAGCAAUCGCCUCCAUGCCUCCGGGGCCCAAUUUAAUAAAGUCUGUAAGCACAAAAACCUGCUAAGCACAAAAAAAAAAAUUACCAGCCUAAAUUACAUUGAAGUUUCGCUGUUGUGACUGGUACCCGACUCAAUUUUUGCUUAACAGCUUUAUGACAUUGGGCACUGGUCAUUGCCUUGUUGCCCAUACUAUAGAUACAAAUUUACAAUUUCCUCCUAGAGGUGUCCUGUACAAAGGAGCAGCGCCUUGGUGCCCUUACACAUUCAAGAACAAACCAUCAGGCCUGAGCAUUACUCAUAAAAAUUGUUAUUAAAUAUACAUGAUACUUUUAUACAUUUCUUAUCAGGGUAGGGAAGUAUCCCACAGAAUUUGCUGAGCUGAACAAUUUACUUAGCAAACAGUUAUCUUUUAACCCCUCCUAUUGUCUGACCACUCUGUACCAACCGCAACGGUAUUAACUGAUAAAGGCCUUUAGACACUAUCUCAAGUUUUGAUCCAUGGACAAAAAAUACACGGUUCCAAUUGGUGUUGACUUCCAAAAAGUUCACAGCAGGGUUCAAAUCAGGGCUCAAUUUCAAUGGCUCUGCUAAUCGUUAAAAACACUGGACACUGUUGGUAAUUGUCAAAGACCAGUCU